AUGUCCGAGCUGGAUGAAGUUGUCACCAGUGCUGUGGUGGUAUUCUCCAGCUCCCACAGUGACAGAAAUGUUGGAAAACAUUUUGAAAAUCUCCAAGGACUACCGACAAAUUCAGCGCAGUCAAACUUGGACGAUUCAACCAUUGUGGAAGACUGUGUGAAUGAUAUCGGACCUACGCCCUUCAAACAGCAUUUUGAGGACUUAAUAACCCAAACAGUUAUUGAGAAAUCUGGUGAUGACAACAUGUACUUCUGCCCGACUUUCAUCCCUUCCUUGCUUAAGUACUUUCUGCCCCUGCCUAGUCUGUGGUCUGGUCUACUCUUGGGUGACCUUGGACGCCAUGGAACAGGGACCAUUUAUCAGAAACUUUCCCAGAAGUACAAAAAUGCUGCAAAAAAACCCACACAGAAUUACACAGAGGACAACAAAACUCAAGGGAUAAUGGAAAAAAGCCAGUGGGACCUCAAAAAGAUCAGUUUUCAACGGAGACGUCUGACCAGGCUGGACGAUUUUGUACAUACAUACAAAGUCACCUUGAGCGCCCUGCUAAGGGAAUAUGGCGACUCUCUGAGGAGGGGGAAGAAGACCCAUCGUGUGGACAUGGAGCGAUGGAAAAAAAGAAAGCAGAACAGGCGAGGAGUUUAUGUGACACCCAUAAACAAGCCUUUUGUUUUCAGACAGCACAAGAAGAAUUUAUGUAUUUUUUGA